GCAGGCGCGGGCGCGCCCGGGACUAAUGGCGGAAGCGGACCUGGUCGCCGAGUUUCCCCGGCCGGCCGGGGCUGCUCGCUGGGCCGAGGUCAUGGCUCGCUUCGCCGCGGGGCUGGGCGCGCAGGGCCGCCGGGUGGUGUUGGUCACGUCCGGCGGCACCAAGGUCCCGCUGGAAGCGCGGCCGGUGCGCUUCCUGGACAACUUCAGCAGCGGGCGGCGCGGGGCCACUUCGGCCGAGGCCUUCCUGGCCGCCGGCUACGGGGUCCUGUUCCUCUACCGCGCCCGCUCCGCCUUCCCCUUCGCCCACCGCUUCCCUCCCCAGACCUGGCUGUCCACCCUGCGGCCCUCGGGGCCCGCGCGCUCCGGCCUGCUCAGCUUGGAGGCCGAGGAGAACGCCCUCCCGGGCUUCGCGGCGGCUCUGCGGAGCUACCAGGAGGCGGCUGCCGCGGGCACCUUCCUGGCCGUAGAGUUCACCACUCUGGCCGACUAUCUGCAUCUGCUGCAGGCGGCGGCGCAGGCCCUCAGUCCGCUAGGCCCUUCUGCGAUGUUUUACCUGGCUGCGGCCGUGUCAGAUUUCUAUGUUCCUGUCUCUGAAAUGCCUGAACACAAGAUCCAGUCAUCUGGGGGCCCACUGCAGAUAACAAUGAAGAUGGUACCAAAAAUGCUUUCUCCUUUGGUUAAAGACUGGGCUCCCAAAGCAUUCGUAAUUUCUUUUAAGUUGGAGACGGACCCUUCCAUCGUAAUUGAUCGGGCACGGAAUGCUUUGGAUGUUUACCGGCAUCAAGUGGUGGUGGCUAAUAUCCUUGAGUCGCGAAGAUCCUUUGUGGUUAUUGUCACCAAAGACUCAGAAACUAAGUUAUUGCUAUCAGAAGAAGAAGAAGAAAAAGGUGUAGAGAUAGAAGAGAAGAUAGUGAAUGAUCUUAAGUCUCGACACACAGCUUUUAUGUGCGACAAAAACUGAAAAAGCCUUUCGUAGAGGAUGAAAACUUGUUCAGUGGACCAGGGCUGACAGACGGUGAGAACCAGAAUAAGUCCUUUGCUUUCGUAAAUUCAGAAUGAAAGGAAAAAACAGUGAUUAAUCUUCAGGGUUUUGCUUUGGUAUUUGUCUUCUCAAGGCCGUUUUAUACUCACUGAAAAUGAGAACAAAGGCAAAACCAUUAUGACUGAACCGGCUAACAUAUGUCUGGAUAUGAUCUUGAAUUUGAAAAUGAACACAGACAGUUUCUCACUUUUUUCAGAGGAGCUUAUUGGAAAUUGUAUCUCUCAAAAUAUAUCUGUGAGGGCUGAAAAUCUUCAUACUGUAAAAGAAUUAAAGAGAGAGGAGUGAUAGGACAAUGGGGAGGGUGUCUGUCUUGCACUCGGCCGACCCGGAUUCAGUCCCCGGCAUCUCGUAUGGUCCCAUGAGCACCGCCAAGAGUAAUGCCUGAGUGUAGAGCCAGGAGAAAUCCCUGAGUAUCGAUGGGUGUGACCCAAAACAGGAAAAAAAAAAAAGAAGGAUGUAUAAAUGAUCUUUGAAAAUCAAACAUUUAUUGGUAUCUACUAUAUGCUAGGCUGUGGGAAUUACGAGGAUUCAAGAAAUGAAUAAAUGUGUAGUCUGGGACAUGAAUCUAUAAAAAAAAAAUUAAGUGCAAUAAAUAAACAAUGUGCCCAAAAACUGAUGCAGUAGAAAGGAUG